AUGCCUGUGAAGGAGCAUGGAAAGCGCCGUGUUGCCUAUUUCUACGAUUCGAAUGUCGGCAACUAUUAUUAUGGCCAGGGACACGUGAUGAAGCCUCAUCGUAUUCGGAUGACCCACCACCUGGUCAUGAAUUACGGACUGUACAGAGAGCUCGAAACAGCAUCGCCGGACAAUUUGAAACUCUACAACAAACAAAUGCUAAAAUUCAAUGUUGGCGAGGAUUGUCCCCUCUUUGAUGGCCUUUACGAAUUUUGUCAACUUUCUUCGGGUGGAUCCCUAGCGGCUGCUGUAAAACUAAACAAACAAAAGGCUGAUAUCGCAAUCAAUUGGAUGGGCGGUCUGCAUCACGCGAAAAGAGCGAGGCUAGCGGUUUCUGCUACACAAAACGACAUCGUGCUGGGAAUUUUGGAGCUGCUGAAGUACCACAAACGAGUACUCUAUGUUGACAUUGAUGUUCAUCACGGAGAUGGUGUUGAGGAAGCAUUUUUCACGACGGAUCGGGUUAUGACGGUGUCUUUUCACAAAUAUGGCGACUUCUUCCCGGGUACAGGAGAAUUGAAAGAUGUCGGAGUCGGAAAGGGGAAGUAUUACUCGCUGAAUGUUCCCCUAAAAGACGGGAUCACCGAUGAAGCUUAUCAGAGCAUCUUCAAGCCAAUCAUGACCAAGGUCAUGGAGAAAUAUCAGCCAACGGCUGUUGUACUGCAAUGUGGAGCGGAUUCUCUUCACGGUGAUCGUUUGGGGCCAUUCAACUUGACGCUAAAAGGACAUGGAGCUUGUGCCAGCUUCUUCCGCGACUACAAUGUUCCGUUGAUGAUGCUUGGCGGUGGCGGCUACACACCAAGAAAUGUCGCAAGAUGCUGGGCUUACGAAACGGCCAUUGCUCUCGAUAGAGAAGUGGCAAAUGUAUUGCCUUACAACGACUACUUCGAGUAUUUCCGGGCCUACGUACAAGCUUCACUUGGACCCAGGCACUGGCAACAACGAGAACACAUCGGAAUAUCUGCGCAAAGUGCAGGAGCAAGUGCUGAA